AAAAUUUUUUUAAAAAAAGAAAUACUUAAAAUAAAAUAAAAUACUCCUACCUGAUUUGGGAGUUCUAUCCUCUCUUCUCCUCUCCUUCCCCUUUUCGUUUUCUCCCAGACAUAAACCCAAACAUAUCGCCGUAUUUUCUCCGAACUUCCAUUUUUUUGUUUAUCGCAAACCAUUUUUUUCUCGAUCUGCAUCUUCCAAUUUUGAUUUUCAGUAAAAAAAUUAGUUUCCUUUUACAUUUGAUUUUACAUAUCAGGUCAAUGUAGCUUGAUUUGAUCUCCCUAAAAAAAUUUGAAGGAAAUUAGGGUUUUCUAUUUUCGCCCCUAAAUUCGCGACUAGCUGUUUCUUUUUUUGUCAAAACAAUCAAAGGAUGUGAUUUUUUUGUUCCGUAUUUGACUUGUUUUACGAUUUUUUUAUUCUUCUUCUCGAUUUUGUUUUCAAUCUUGAGUUUUAGUGUCAAGCUGGUAAAUCUGCUGGGUUUGAUUUUGUGCAUAGAAGAAAGGGAGAGCACAAAUCUAUUUAGGUAAAUUUAGAAAUUUUAGAGCUUCUGAGGGUUUGAAGAAGAAAAAAUGGAAAAAACAAAGAUUGACCAUAUGGUUGGUGGCAAGUUUAAGCUUGGCAGGAAGAUUGGCAGUGGAUCUUUUGGAGAGCUAUUUCUGGGUGUAAAUGUGCAAACUGGAGAGGAAGUUGCUGUUAAACUGGAAUCUGUAAAGACCAAGCAUCCACAGCUUCAUUAUGAGUCAAAGUUGUAUAUGCUUCUUCAAGGAGGCACUGGAAUUCCCCAUCUCAAGUGGUUUGGAGUUGAGGCCGAGUACAAUGUCAUGGUCAUUGACCUUCUUGGGCCAAGUUUGGAAGACUUAUUCAACUACUGCAACAGGAAAUUCACAUUGAAAACAGUACUGAUGCUUGCAGAUCAAUUAAUUAACAGAGUUGAAUAUAUGCAUUCUAGAGGUUUCCUGCACCGUGAUAUAAAGCCUGACAACUUUUUGAUGGGCCUCGGCCGCAAAGCAAAUCAGGUAUAUGCCAUCGAUUUUGGUCUUGCAAAGAAGUAUAGAGAUCUUCAGACUCACAAGCACAUUCCAUACAGGGAGAACAAGAACCUUACAGGCACCGCACGGUAUGCAAGUGUCAAUACUCACCUCGGAGUUGAACAAAGCAGACGGGAUGAUUUGGAAUCUCUUGGUUAUGUGCUUAUGUAUUUCUUAAGGGGCAGUCUUCCUUGGCAAGGACUAAAGGCUGGCACAAAGAAGCAAAAAUAUGAUAAGAUCAGCGAGAAGAAAGUUUCAACUCCUAUUGAGGUGCUUUGUAAGUCGUACCCCUCUGAAUUUGUAUCAUACUUCCACUACUGCCGAUCACUGCGGUUUGAAGACAAACCAGACUAUUCAUAUUUGAAGAGGCUGUUUCGUGAUUUAUUUAUUCGAGAAGGUUAUCAGUUUGACUAUGUCUUUGACUGGACUGUUUUGAAGUACCCUCAGAUUGGUGCCAGCUCUAGAGGACGGCAUUCUAGCGGGAAACCAGGUCAUGCUGGACCAUCCGCUGAAAGACCAGCAGAAAGGGUCUCGGUUGGAAAAGAGAUUCGGGAAAGAUUCUCAGGUGCAGUUGAAGCAUUUUCCACCAAAAGAGUCUCUGGCUCUAGUCAACAUGAUAAUUCCAGAAACAAGGGCUUGGAUAAUACCUUUUCAUUUCAGCCACCUGAGCCAGAAAAAGGGCGCAAUUCAUCUCGUUAUGGCAGCAACUCAAGAAAAGCUGUUAUCUCAAAUGGCAGGCCAAGUUCAUCUGGAGAACCUACUGAAGGUCGCUCUGGCAGAUUACUCUCAAGUGGUGGCCGUCUGACUUCAGCUCAAAGAAUUCAACCAGGUUAUGAGCUCAAAUCAUCCCAGACACGUCCUGCAGCUGCUAGAGGCACUCAUGAGGACACUUUCCGGAGCUUUGAGUUCCUCUCAAUCAGGAAGUGACGCAGGGUUGAUUUAGUAAGAAAAUAAUAUGCGCACAUAUCUAAUAGAUACUUGAUUUUUCAUGGGAAGAAAUCCUUGAAUUUAUAAUCCCUCGUGUAUGGGAAAUUAUCAGAUGAUUACCGCAAUGAGAGACCACCGUCAAAUGUUGAUAGAACAUUUCCUGUAUUUUUUACCUUUCUUCGUUCAUCCUUGCCCCUGGAAAUGUUUCUGACGGUUGCAACAUGUUUUAGACGCAUCCGAGAAGAAACAAAUGUAUCGGAAUUCUCUUACAUAAUAUGGAACUUGAGUUGUACUAA